CUAGCUCCUACGCUUCCGCCUUCAUUUAAAAAAUCCGCGCAACCCAGGGGAACCAAUUUCCCCCUUUUCCCAAACCGAUUGAUUUAGAGAGAGAGAGAUAGAGACGCCAAAGACUUCGAGAGUUCUCUCAUCUUCGGUUUCCCGUUCUCUUUUCCCCCCUUUUUGGCUGGAGGAUGGAGAGGUUUGGAUCGGCGCCGGCGUUGUCGCCGUCGGAGGAGGCGAUGUAUGUGAGCUGGGAGGAGGUGAGCGCGACGAGCGAUACAGGGAGGGCGGAGGUCCGAUAUUACCUCAGACGGAAGGACGGAGGUGCGGAUCUGGCUGUCGUUGGCAAAGAGAAGAGCUUGAGGCAUGUGUCUUACCGCUACGGCAAUCGGAUUCGGUCCCUAUCCGAUUCUAUGGGCCCGCUGUUGAAGCUCAGAACCCGGCACGAGGUCAUUGAUUGGCUCAACUCGAUUGUUUCAGAUUCAUCGCAUCAACAAUCAUCUGUGUUAGCUAAACCUCUUAGCAGCAGCUAUGCCCGUUCAUCUGAUUUUUUGAACAUCAAGGAUCCUCAAUCUCUGAAAAUCAGUCCUGUUACUAGAGCAUUUUCGUGGUUGGGCUCCCCUUGGAUGUGCAGGAGAAAAAGGAAGCACUUUCCAUCUUUCCAUAGAAACGGUGUAAAAAUUUCUGUUUUUGACUUUGUGUAUGUUCUAGCUGAAGAAGGAAAAAGACUUGUUGCAUAUUUGGAAGAUAUGUAUGAAGAUUCAAAGGGAAGUAAGAUGGUUGUGGUACGAUGGUUUCACAAAAUUGACGAGGUUGGUAUUCCUCUGCCUCAGAAUUACAAUGACAGAGAGGUUUUCUUCUCUCUUUGUCUGCAAGAUUUAAGUGUUGAAUGCAUAGACGGUUUGGCUGUCAUCCUCAGUCCUCAGCACUUUCAGAAGUUCCAGAGUGUAGCAGCACAUACUAGGAUGGACCCUUUUAUGUGUGACCAUAUGUUUGAAGAUGAUGAAGUAAAGCCCUUUAAUGUCACUAGGGUGAAGGGCUACUGGAACCAAGAAAUAGUGAGGCAUAUGUACCCUGUUUCUGGUUCAACAAAAGAUCAGGCAGCUUUGCAGCAGUUUGAUCGUGAUGUUGAGAUCAGGCCUAGAAAGAGGCAUUGUCGAUCCAGAGAUAAUGGUUUGCAUUCACUUGAUAAACUGGAAACAGUGAAGGAUAAUCACGACUUAUGCAGCAGUUUGCCUGACAGGAAAGUAGUAGACUCCUGUCCUCCUCUUUGGGGAGGAGAAACUGUUGCCUUGUUAUCCCAGGCAGAGGCCAAGGCCAAGGCAAACCCUGCUGAACAUCUGAAGGUUGGCCAUGAAGUUGAAGUGCUUUCACAGGAUAGUGGAAUUCGAGGAUGUUGGUUUAGGGCUAGAAUAAUUAAGAAGCACAAGGAUAAAGUGAAAGUGAGGUAUGCAGACAUUCAAGAUGCAGCUGAUGAAGCUAAAAAGCUGGAGGAAUGGAUGCUGGCAUCUCGAGUUGCUAGUCCUGAUAAGUUGGGCAUCCGGAUAGCUGGAAGGAAAACCGUCCGUCCUGCCCCUGAGUUGGAUGAAGAGUGCUUGUUUGAUGUCAAACCUGGAGCUGCUGUCGAUGUGUGGUGGCAUGAUGGCUGGUGGGAAGGAAUCGUUGUUGAAAUGGAUUCUGAGCAGAAAAUUCGUGUUCAUUUUCCAGGAGAGAACAAGGAAGAAGUGUUUGUUCGUUCGAACUUGAGACAGUCUCAAGAAUGGUUGGAGAAUGGUUGGAUAAAACUCAAGGCAAGGCCUGAGAAUGUGGAUUCUAUCCUAUCUCAGUCAUUAAGCAAGCCUAGGGUGAGCCAACCAGUUGCUAGUAAGAUGGCCCGACCUAUACUUUCUGAUCCGAAGCAUCAUUCCAUGAAAGUUGAAACCAACAGCAGUAGCAGAUCAGGUUCUGAGCAGCAGCAUUCCAGAAAAGUUGAAACUGACAGUAGCAAGUUAGGAUUAGAUUCCAGAAGUGAUGAUGAUAGAAAUGAAGAAUCGAAGAAAGUGGUGUUGGAUUUGUCGAAAGAUGAUUUGCUGACCAAACUCAGAUGGAAAUCCUCAAGGAAGAGAAGACGCGGGUCCGGUGGUGGUGGAACACCUGCUUCUGACCUCAAGGUCAACCAGAAGAACAACAGCAGCAAAAUGAGUCUUCUAAACAUCCCUGGACAGAAUGCCAGACUUUUGAUUUCAAAUGCAUUGAGCAUUGACCAUGACAACUGCAAGUACAUGGGAGAUUCAAUGUUUGGAUCCUCUACUGUACAGCCGUUAGCAAACUUAGUGAUGUCCAGAUGAACGACUCAUGCCUUGUUUCUUCCUGGGUUGUUGGAAUUAGGAGUAGCAGCAUCUUUUAACAAGACGCUGUCUGUGCAUCUCACUUGAUGCAGGCAUAUGCAGCUUGUUAACUUUCACUCAUCAGUAUUGCCUGGAGCAGAAGUAAAUGUUUGUUAGCUUGCAACUAAUCUUGUUGUGCUAUUUGGUACCCCGAUAGCUAUAUAGGCUUUCUGCGGGAGUUUGUUCUUGCUCUGAGGAAUAGAACAUCAGUUUUUGGAUGGGUUUCUAGUAUCCAAUUCCUGUAACAUGUACAUCAGCAACAAUCUCCGGUUAAUGAAAACCAUAACAGGAUCCUUGUUCGUUAUGUUGCCUCAUUCUGUCCUUUACUCUUUCUGUCAUAUGUUCUCGUUCCCAGUGUUUCCAGGAGCAAUGUAUCAUAAAUAGAAGGUUUAAUGGGCUGUUAGGCAGCAGAGGGAAAUCUUGAUUCAAGAUUCUUACACACAGGAACAGUAGGGUUCGGGGUCGUUGUCAGGCAUAGCUCGUACAAAACUUGACUUGAACAAGCAAAGCCAACUGAAGAAUCUUUGUCGGAUUGUCUGAAACUUAUGUUUUGUGGCCGGACCCUUCAGAGGUAAGAGGUUGUUGGGAUAUCAUGUUAGUGGCCAGGUUCAACUAAACUAACC